UUUUAUUUUACUAUGCAAAGUUCUACAAGCUCUAACGAAUUAAUUUACGGAGGAGCCAGUUCCGCUUAUGGUUCAGAAGAAGCCUCUCACGUUAUGUCAGACAAAGUUCAAGCAAUUGCUUCAGCGGUUUACAAAGAAUUUGAAUCGAUGAUUCAAAAAUUUGGACAGGAGAGUGUUAAGGAUUUAAUGCCAUUAGUCGUUAACGUUCUCGAAAAUUUGGAUUCUGCUUUUUUGGAGAAAGACGAACUUGCUGUGGACAAUGAAAUGUUAAAAGAAGAAAAUGAACAAUUAUUGAACCAAUAUGAAAGGGAAAGGCAAAUGAGAAAGAAUCAGGACCAGAAAUAUUUGGAAGUGGAAGAAUCACUUUUGGAGCAGAAUCGUGAACUUGAAAAUAAAGUUGGUAGUAUGGCUAGUAUUGUUAGAAUGUUGGAAUUGAAGACAAAAAAUGCUUGUGAUCACGCCAGCCGUCUAGAGGAGCGCGAAGCGGAUCAAAAAAUGGAAUAUGACAAACUACAUGAGCGUUAUAAUGAACUCUUACGUACUCACAUUGAUCAUGUUGAACGUACAAAGUUUUUAAUGGGAACAGAAAUGUUUGAUAUGGCUAAUUCCUUACCUGUUGCUUCCAAAAAUAACAAAAAUUCAAUGGCAAUGAGUGCAAUUGAUUCUAACGUUAGAGGAAUAAGUGAUAUUAUAAGUGCUGUUCAUAUGUCUCAAAGUACUCAUGCAGAUUUAAAUUUGGCUAGUCACAUUAAUAGCAAUGAAAGAGAUUGGCACGAAGAAUUUGGAGGUUUACAAACAGCAGCAGAAAUUUUGGCAACUCCCAGAGAAGAAAAACCGGCAAAUUCCCCUCUUCCUUCAGUUGUUGAAUCACCUAAAGAAGUUGUUACUUCGGAAGAUGUGGAUGAGGAGGAGGAUGAUGAACAGAAAGUGCCGGAAAGGUUUUUGUUUGAAUUUUAUAAAGGGAGGUGA